AUGGAGGAAGCUGAUAAAGAGGGAAAGAUAACACAAAAGGAACGUCGUCGAAUCGAAGUACAGAAGAGGAAGUUUAGAUUAGAACAGGAACGUGUAUUAAAGCCAGGAGAAUGUAAUAAGUAUAUUAAAGCAGUAAUUUACAAUAAAAUAACUGAAGAAUUGGCUGGAAGUAGAAUAAUACAAAAGUUAACGGAACUAGAUAUGAAGGCUGAAAUAUCAAGUAGUGCUACACCAAAUACAAUAACGUGGAAGCGACAAAUGAAUCAAAAGAUUAUUACUGAGGAUGGAAAAAUCAUCCAGUUUGACGAUGUUGAGAAGGAUGAGCCUUACUUAUUAAUUAUUUUGAUGGCUGAUGAAUUUGCUAAAGCAGUUAAAGAGAAUCAAUUAAUGAAUAUUGUACAAUCUGCUCAGGAAUUAUGUUCAACGGAAGCGAUAUCAACAACUUUAGUAGUUUAUGGAUUGAAGACUUACUGCAGAAAAAACAAGAACAAAAUUGGCAUGAAGGAGACUGAAAUCAAAUUAACACAACUGCAAAUACUUGCUAAUUGUAGUCAUAGAUUGCAUGAAACACCUGAUGAUUUAGCUUUAACAGUUUCACAAAUCAGCAAAGCAAUAGCUGAAGAACCGUUUAAAAGCAAGCAAAAUCACAAACUUGAUCAGGAACAGCUAUUUCUUUGUAGUGAUGUUAAAGUUAAUGUUAUCGAGAAUGAUCCAGACUCAUAUGCUCGUCUUUGGAAUGCUCAAUUAAACUGUCUUCCAAAAGUCACAUUCGACGUUGCUCAAUCAAUUUCUAAAGAAUACCCAAUGCCUAGAAAGCUAAUUGAAGCUUAUAAAACUUGUGAUAAUAAGAAUCAAAUGCUUGCAGAUAUCCAAAUCAUCAAAACUGGUCCAUUAUCAAAAUACCGACGCAUUGGACCUGAAUUGAGCAAGAAAAUUGCAACUUUAUUAACAUCCAGUAAUCCUGAAGAUCUUUUGUAA